AUGAUUGAGAAUAGAGAAGAGCCACGGCAAAGACUACAACUCCCAGCGUGCCCCGCGCCCAGCUUCGCCCAGAAUUCUCCUCACCUGCCGCAGAUGCCUCCUUCUCCUCCGCCGUCGCUUUUAUCUGGUCCUUCCUCCGCCCACUCGGAGCCACCCCCCCCGCCCGCCCCGGGUCUCGGCGGGAGGGAGAGGGCCCUCGAAGAGCUUCGGGCCUCCUAUUGGUCACUGCUCGCCGGAGGGGCGGGCCGGGCCGGGCCGCCGGCCUCCCAUUGGCCCGCGACGCCGCUGACGGGCGCGGUACGGGGGCCGCGCGGUCCUUUUUGGCGUCCAUCGAGGCCGGGUCGGCUCUCCUGGUACAGGAUGCAGCCAGGACCCGGCGGCGGCGCGGCGGCGGGGAGCGCCCGGCACCGUAAGUGGCCCAUGAAGAGAAGGGUACCUGUAGCGGAGCCCAGCUUGGCGGACCCCCACCAGCUCUUCCAUGACACCAGCUCGGCCCAUGGGCCUGGGAGCUAUCCGGGCCACCGGACCCCCGGGGGCUUGGGCUAUGCUUCCCCCUCACAGCCGGCCUUCCUCGCUGACCCUGUGUCCAACAUGGCGGUAGCCUACGGGAGCAGCCUGGCUGCCCAUGGCAAGGAGCUGGUGGACAGGAAUAUUGACCGCUUCAUCCCUGUCACCAAGCUGAAGUAUUACUUUGCUGUGGACACUGUGUAUGUGGGGAAGAAACUGGGGCUCUUGUUGUUUCCCUACCUGCACCAGGAUUGGGAGGUCCAGUAUCAGCAGGACAUGCCGGUGGCCCCGAGGUUUGACAUCAAUGCCCCCGAUCUCUACAUUCCAGCUAUGGCCUUCAUCACAUACAUCCUGGUUGCUGGCCUGGCACUGGGGACGCAGGACAGGUUCUCUCCGGACCUCCUGGGUCUGCAGGCGAGCUCAGCCCUGGCCUGGCUCACAGUGGAGGUGCUGGCCAUCCUGCUCAGCCUCUACCUGGUCACUGUCAACACAGACCUCACCACCAUCGACCUGCUGGCCUUCUCAGGGUACAAGUAUGUAGGGAUGAUUGGUGGGGUCGUGACUGGCCUGCUCUUUGGGAAGACUGGCUACUACCUGGUGCUCAGCUGGUGUUGUGUGGCCAUCUUCGUCUUUAUGAUCCGGACCCUUCGACUGAAAAUCCUAUCCGAAGUGGCAGCUGAAGGCGUCCUGGUCCGAGGGGCACGGAACCAGCUGCGCAUGUACCUGACCAUGGCCAUUGCAGCCGCCCAGCCCCUCUUCAUGUACUGGCUCACCUUUCACCUGGUCAGGUGAGGGGCCUCAGAGGCUGCUCAGGCCCGGAGUGGGGAUUGGAGAGGACCAGGCCGCUGACCUCUGCAAAUUCGAGAAGCAGGAAAUGGAGCCCCUUGGGGGAGGGGGGCUGGGGGUCCAUCGCUCUGGACUGAGCCCACUCUCCCUCUCCCCACAAAGUCCCUGGCCCUUUGACUGGAACCUGCCCCUCCUCCAUAAAGAUUCAUCUCCUCCUUGCCUGUUGUGCUUGAGCUGAGUCCCAAACCCCCUGCCCUAGGAAAGAGCCCCCCCCCCAUCCCCCUUCCCCAAUCUCCAUCCUCUAAGGUGCUUAGAGAUCUCUUAACUGCACAGCAUGCUCCAAGCUGGGGCUGCCACCCAUGGGCGUCUGUUACAGGGAGAAAUAAACCCUCUGGGGGUGCU